AUGAAACCUAACCCGAGGACUGGAUCCACAUAUUUGGCAAACUUAUUAGGAAGUCAUGCGGACAUAGGAUUGGCCGGUGAACUACUCAAUGAUGAAAACAUUAUACCAGAGGAUGCCCUCAAAUAUAUCAGCAAAGAGUUGGCAAAAUAUGAUCAGAAAUUUGUAUUUCCCGAACAGAUAUUGAAGAGAAAGUUACGUUUCGAUGAUAUUGUCAGACAUAUCGGUGCAGAUGUGGUGAUAGUCUUGUGGCGCAAAUCCAUUGCCGAACAGUUAGUGUCCCUAAGAAUUGCUGAAAAGACUGGCGUUUGGUUUGAAGGCGCGGAAGAGUUUAUAAGCAGUCAAUGGCCUAUUGAUAUAAUCCCGAUAUAUGUCUCUUAUGACGAUCUCAUAGCUGAUCCAUUGAGUGAAUUGCGGAAAAUCAUGUCUCGAUUGAGCUGUGAUUCAGGACAGUAUGUGUUCGCGAGUCCCGGUGCUGUCAAACAACAAUUCCCUCCAUCAGAACGUAUAGAGAAUUGGGAGGAAAUAAGAGACGAUUUGAAGAUUUUGGAGAUAAAUGUGAAGCAAUUGAUGACAGAAUGCAUUGAGAAUAACCUGAAUGUCAAGUGUCAAGCCCUGCCUUUAGUUCCCGAUCCGGAGCCGCCCAUCCCAUCAAAGGGCUGGCGAUAUCAUGUCUGCGCGCCUUAUAUGCCAAAUGAGGGCAAAGAUAAUGUAAUUCAGGCGCUGGUCUCGGGUUCUGUGUCUUCGGCAGGAUUUUGGCCCAAAGAGAUGUCCGAUAAGUUGCGAAAGAAGUUCAACUGUCCAGUGGCUCAGCCGUGCAGUAAUGGGUUCACAGCACUGAUGAUAACCUUUCAAGCAAUGCAUGUGGGAAGUGGUGAUGAGGUGAUAAUGCCGUCGAUGACAAUGGUAGCCGUUCCCAAUUCAGUCACAUUUGUUGGCGCAGUCCCUGUGUUUGCUGACUGUGCGGAUGGGGAUUACAAUCCGGGUCUCAAAGAGAUAUUAGAAGUGGCAUCAGAUUAUUCUGCAUUCAAACCAUAA